AACAGUACCGGCGUUUUGUUCGGUAAAUUACGUUCUAGAUUAAUUCAAGGUUUGCAUGAAAGUUAUCAACAGUUUAAUUUUCAACUCCUUAUCAAAUCAAAGUUGAAGAGAAAUGGCGGCGUCGUGGUCGAUGGGUCCCGGCACUUUGGAAGUGCCCAUGUCAUUAUUUGCUAAAAACAGGACGAGGUUAGCAGAAAAAUUAAAACCGGGACAAGUCGUAGUACUGCAGGGUGGGGAGAGCAUUCCUCAUUAUGACACAGACAUCGAGUAUGUGUUUAGACAGGCAACAUACUUCACAUGGCUGUGCGGGGUACGCGAAGAAGGCUGCUUCUUAGCCCUUGACAUUGGCACAUCUAAGUCCUACUUGUUCAUCCCUCGACUGCCUGCGGAGUACGAGGUGUGGAUGGGCAAACUGCACACUUGCGAGGACUUCAAGCGGAUGUAUGCUGUGGAUGAAGUUCAUUAUGUUGAUGAGAUUCAAAAAGUUCUCAAAGGAUUGAAUCCAGAUGUUCUACUUACACUGAGUGGUCCAAAUACAGAUAGUGGUUUGACCGCAAGAGAAGCCGUGUUUGAAGGAAUUGAUGAGUUCAAAGUGGAUAAUGAGAUAUUGUUCCCAAUAAUUGCAGAGUUACGAGUCAUCAAAACACCCGAAGAAAUAGAAGUUAUGCGUUACGUCGUCAAAGUUUCUUCCGACGCCCAUAAACAGGUGAUGCUCUUCGCGAAACCUGGGCUAAUGGAGUACCAAUGCGAGUCCAUUUUCCUCGACCACUGCUACCGCGUGGGCGGCUGCCGGCACGUGUCGUACACGUGCAUCUGCGGCUCCGGACACAACGCGGCCACGCUCCACUACGGGCACGCGGGCGCGCCCAACAGCAAGGUCAUUCAGCCUGGCGACAUGUGUUUAUUCGACAUGGGGGGUAAUUACGCGGGCUACGCGGCUGACAUAACGUGCAGCUUCCCCGCCGAUGGCAAGUUCACGCCCGACCAGAAACUCGUCUACGAGGCCGUGCUGGUCGCUAGAGACGCCGUUAUCGAAGCCGCUCGCCCGGGAGUGAUGUGGCCCGACAUGCACCUGGCCGCUAACAGUGCUAUGCUGGAGCAUUUGAAACAGGGCGGUCUGCUCCAGGGAGAUGUAGAAGAUAUGAUUAAGGCGGGCGUGAACGGUAUCCUCCAACCGCACGGGCUCGGGCACCUGCUCGGGCUGGAUGUGCACGACGUCGGCGGCUACCUGCCGGCGUGCCCGCCGAGGCCCGAGGGCGUGCUGGCGCGCCUGCGCACUGCGCGGCGCCUGCAGCCCGGCAUGCUGCUUACUAUUGAACCAGGCUGCUAUUUUAUACCUCCGCUACUCAACGCAGCUAAAAACAACCCGGAGCAGUCAAAAUUCUUCAACUGGGAUGUGGUUGACCGCUUCACAGGAUUCGGUGGUGUUCGUAUAGAAGAUGACGUGCUUAUAACUGAGACUGGCGUUGAAAACCUCACCUUGGUGCCUAGGACGUAA